AUGGAAGGCCGCGACCCCGCGGCCAGCCCCGAAAAAACAGCUCAGUCCCGGUCUCUAGCGCCGAGGGUUCGCCUAAGUUGUGAAGCAUGUCGUCAGCGAAAAGUGAAAUGCGACAAGCUGAGUCCAUGUACCAGCUGCCAGCGACUCGGUUUUAAAUGUGUUCCUGUUGAGCGAGCCCGUCUGCCGCGAGGUCGUACGCGGAAGGCUCCCGAGCGAGCUGGCGGCUCGGACAAGGAACUCGCGGAUCGGGUCGCAAAGCUUGAAGAUCUUUUGCGACGAGUCGCUGCGGGACGUGAUGCCCCGUCUAAGCCUCAGGUCGAUGAGGCGCCUUCAUUUAACGAAUCUUCUGUAGAGCGCAACAUUGACGUGAACGUGGCUGGUGCCGAGACCUGGAGCGACCAAAAUGCCCAGACAGCUCAGCUGGGUGAUGCUCAACCGGUCAUAUCGACAAAUCUACCACAUCGCACUCGUCCGACGAUGUCUUAUUUAGGCAGCUCAUUUUGGGAAGAUAUCAUGCAUCAGACGCAAGAGCUGCGGACAGUACUUGAUAGCCGCGUCGAGAAUGAUCAACUGGAAUUUAAGAGUCCUACUGGCUUUGGCUCUGCAUUUGUUGGGUCUGAGGGCUCAGAGAGCGUCUCUAACUCACCCCAAUCCCUGAAAGGGGCCCAGAUUUCACCCCAGACGCGUCGCACCCUGUGUGAAAUUUAUCUGCGCAACGUGGAUCCGGUAUUCAAGCUCCUACAUCGACCUUCAUUACGAGCAUUCCUUCAUGACGAUCAGCCUUAUCUUGAUUAUGAGCAUGAUCACCAGGCCCCGACUACUUUGGCAUUUGCCGUUUUUACUGCCGCUGUGUGUACUAUUGAUGAUUCUCAGUGUCAGCUACUGUUUGGCUUAGACAAAAAAAGUGCAUUUGCCGACCUCCAGAGGGAGACAGAAGCUGCGUUAGUCAAGGCAGAUUUCAUAACCACGAAUGAUUUGACUGUCUUACAAGCCUUUGUAAUCUCACUGCUGGCGGCUCGGUGCCAAGAUCAAAGCCGACGAGUGUGGACCAUGCUGAGCAUGGCCCUUCGGGUAGCUCAAGCACAGUGUCUUCACAUGGCUGAUCCACCAUUUCGGGUUAGCCCGUUUGAGCAAGAAUUACGCCGACGCUGCUGGCUAGGAAUUGGCAUGCUUGAUGUAGCUGCCUCAUUGGAUAGGGCAUCUGAACCAAUGAUGCAAGCCGCAUGGCUAGAAUCGCUCCCCCCAUCCAACAUAAACGAUGAAGACAUUUGGCCUAAAAUGGAAGUACCGGUCCAAGAACCACCGGAGGGUACCUUCACCGACCUUACACUCCCAUUAGUUGUCGCAGCAUCCCAGUCUGUCUGUCGUUCCAUUGCCUUUGCAGAUUUCAUGGAAGAAUCGGUAAAGUCAAUGAGCGUACGCCAACAGAUCCUAUCAGACUUCCAGAAUACGGCUGCAAAUCUCCUGAGGGGGUGUCGACCAGAUAUUCAUACCUUUCAUCUAUAUGCAAAACGCACUACGGACACAAUAAAUGGCUGGCUUCAGCUUGGUUGUCUCCGCCCGCUGCAACGAAGUAGGAACUUUACUCCUCCCUACGUCCAGGGCGACGUCCUUCUCAGACUGGCUGCCGAGAAUCUGCAAAUGGCCUCAGAAGUCUAUUGCAAUCCAGCCAUGACGCAGUGGUCAUGGUUCGGGUCGCUUUGGGUCCCCUGGCAUGGUCUUGCAGUAGCUCUUGCAGAACUCUGUGUCUGCAAAGACCCAGGAACCAUGUCUAAGUACUGGCCCGUGGUUGAGCAAAUGUAUCAGCGAACAAGCUCUAUGAUUGCGGAUUCACAACAUGGAAUGCUAUGGCGACCAUUGGAAAAGCUCAUGAAUCAAGCAUUAAACCGAAAACACGAACUGCUUGGAAGUCAAAGCUUAAACCAGGCGAUCAACCAGGUGCCUUUGAAUGGAGGUGUUACUGUUGAUCCUGCUCAACCUUUGAAUACUCACCCGUUAACGGAAUUCUCAAUGAGGGACAUGGGGCCGACCAUGGCUACUAGCGAGCAAAUGAGCCAGCCCAUGGCAAUGCCGACGAGUAUGGGACUUGAGUCUGACUUGGGAGCAUGGCCCAAUGUUUGGGAUGCCAUGGAUUUGACUGCUAGCGGGACUCAGGACUGUGAUGUUGCUUGGGCCAACUAUACGAACUUCAUUGGUGAUGUGUAUGAUAGUGCAGACUCCAUGUUCCUGCCACGAUGA